CAAACAGAUUUUUCAUAAUUGAAUCUUAAAAAAUUUCCCUUUAAAAUUUCUAGCAUAAAAUAACAUACUUUUUAUUUUGUUUUGAUUAGUUCUUUUGCUCCAUAAACAUGAAAUUCUAUCCGAAUGCCGAUGUGUGGUUUUUUGUGGACAAGCCCGGCUGUUGGGGAAAGUAUCAGAAGUAUGCCCCACAUCAUAGCUGGAAACUGCCAAUCCGACCCUUCACGCCAAGAGUUAUGUAUCAUUGGCGUGACCUUGAAGGCGUCAAAAAGGCGGAUAUAACGCACAAGGAUCUUCACUUUGAUAAGUGGCCCAAGUCCCGAAUUCGACCACAGGCGUGUCUGGGCAUGCUCUAUGCAACAGGUCAUCGUUUCAUUCAGCUUAGCAUGGCGCCACCGGCUGGCUUCAAGUGUGCACCACUUCCCGUCAACUUGGUAACUGCAAAAUACGUUAAGUCUCAUUUGCGCAAACUGAAAAGGCAGGCCAAACUGGCGAAGAAAAGAGAAAAGAAGGCCAAGAAAGAAGCUAAGAAAGCCGCGGAAAAGCUGAAGAACAGAGGAGCAAGGCGAGGAAGACAGUAAUCAAGAAUAUCAAAGUAAUCUGCUAAAAUUCGCUUAAAUUAUAUACAAUAAUAUUGCAAAAGCUAUGUACUAUAUGUUACUCUGUUCACUUAAAGUAUUCGCAAAGCAAUUUUCGGUUAACAUGCAUGUUAAGUACGUUGUUGGUUUUAUCAAGCAUGGCUAAGGGACUUGAAUAUUCCUUAUAUAUUUCUAUAUCGCCAGAUGUGUUUUUUAAGAUUUUGAUUGCAACGCAAAGACGCUGAGAUAUGGACGUUGAGAUAUGGAUUUAAAAUGUUACUAAACUACAUUUUUAAAUAAUAUAAUUUGAAAACACUCUAA